CCCCUCCUCCUCUCCACCCCCCGUCCCUCGGCCAUCAUUGGACAUUGUCUCUCUUCUUCUAUGUUUCCUUUCUUACUGUUCUUCUCUUCUUGAUUGAUCUAUUUUUUUUUUCUAAAAAAACUUAUUUAUUCCGAUUGUCUAUUGCCGAUCCCGAUCUCGACUCGCACUCGGAGAAUUCUCUUGUGAUCCAUCGAUUGUGUGGAAGGGCGGUCCCUGUUUUGCCCCAGAUCUUGCAUUGCGCCGUCUCCAAUCACCCUGUACCUGUGUGAGGUUGUCGAUCAUUGCAGGUCGAUUCGACACUUUCACUUGAGGCUAUCGAGUCUCCCGGAACGAAGAUCGCGCCCUAUUCUCGGCGCAAACCCCUCCGACGGACGGCCCCCAAUACUCGAGUCGUGCGUCGCACGCAAGGAGCUCAACCAAGCCCAUCCUCUCCAUCCCUCGGUUCCCAGAAGAUUGGAAUUGGAAUUGUCUUGCAGAUCGCUGUUCGGUGACGGCGCGCCUCCUCUCUCCUGGGCUCUUUUGUCGGUGGGCGGUCGCAAUGCCAAACUAGGGCGUCCACGUUCCUGACCUUGACACCUCACCAACAAACAACCCCUCGACCGGGCGUUUUGCUCAAACCCUUGACAGACAAUCUUUUCUGCGUUUGGAUUUCUCCUCGCGGCACGACGAAUGGCCACCAUGACAUCCACAACUUCGCCACAACAGACGGCCUCCUCGCCGAGCUUGUCCGUCCUCCCCCAGUUAAACACGGACGCGAACGCGAAGCGGCAAAGUCGCCAUCGAUCGUCCUCCAUGUCUAAGGAUCGUCUGUCCACGCACUCGAACAUCUCAAUUACGUCCCAAACCCGAUCGCGCCCAGGGUCGCACGUGUUCCCCAUCUUCCAUUCCAGCUUGUCGUACGCUCUGGUUCGCGAUUUCGCAUACCCGCCGAUUCACCCUCUCCACUACGGCCCCCUGCCCUUGCGGGCGUCGGCCGUGUCCACCCCCGUCAGCGAACAACGGCGUCUGUCGGACCCUCCGGCCCCGUGGGACAGCUCCCGUGGCCAGUGGUCCACGGGACCGUGGAGCACAGACCACAGUUAUGGACAUCAGCAAUUGCCCGCCAUGUCCUUCGGGGACGGCCCGCCAUACAGCGAGGAUGAAGAUCUGCACAGCCCGGUCUUUUCCACGCCCCGUCAUCGGAAGAACAAAUCCACCGGAACCGAUCUCAAUGGAAGGAGGGGCCGGAGCCCCGCCGGGCGCGGACCGACCUCGAUGAGCUUCGCAGUGAGAGCGGACCGUGGAACGUUCGUCGGGAUGAACUCGGACGGCACUGAAACAUACUAUGUCAACGACGACGACCUGGCGGAUGACGGGCCCGGGGGCGAGUUCGUCACGUACCCGUCCAACGGACACAGCUAUGCCCUGUCGGGGGCCCCGGGGGGCUACCCGGGGUACGAGCGGGAGGCCGGAUGCGAGUCCGGGGAGGACUUCACGGACCACCGGUAUUCGCGGGACUUUCAAUUCGCCGUCGGCUGCCCGGACGAGGAAAUGCACGGCAAGGCCGUCGCCCUGUUUGACUUUACGCGGGAGCACGAGAACGAGCUUCCACUGGUGGAAGGUCAGGUGAUUUUCGUGUCCUACCGGCACGGUCAGGGGUGGCUCGUGGCCGAGGACCCCCAGACCGGCGAAAGCGGCUUGGUGCCGGAGGAAUUCGUCCGGCUUCUCCGCGACAUCGAAGGCGGGUUGACGUCGUUGAACGGUGACCUGGAGAUGGAGGGCGCGGACAGCGCGUCCCUGAGCCCGGAGUCCGAUUCUCAGCAGGAGAGCACGCCGACUGAUAACAGUCGCACCCAUCAGUUCCCUGUGGCAUCGGAUAAAGAGACCACCAACGGCAAUGGAAACACGAACGGGGGCGACCCUUCUGCCGAGCACCCUAGCAAGAAUGCAGACGCUGGUGAUCAAUCAGCCACGAAGGCAUGAUCUUCGAAUGGUCUAUCUCAGCAAUGAUCCUUUCCCUGUCCCCAUAGUACUGCAUUCACCUCAUCAACUCAUCCAAAAGGAUAUUGGAUUAAUCCGACGGAUGUUCACAUAACCCCUGCCCUUCCCCCUCAUGUCCCCAUUUUGCCUUAUUCAUUUUCUUUCUUUCCCCCUUUUUUUUGUCUACAUUCUGUUCUUUUCCCUGUUCAGUUCCCAGGCUGGAACUUCCUCCUUACCUUACUCUUUUCUCUUCUUUUUGGAACUUUACUACGAAACAAAGCCCCAUCCUUUUACGGAUGACGAGGCCGAUCUUCUCCACCCUGAUCAGCCAGCUAUGAUGGAUGGGUAGGAGUUUUACGUCAUUUCUUUACUUUUUCUUCUACUUUUACUUUUCUUUACUUCUGCAUUGACUGGUAUGAUAGAAUCUACAUUGUGGAUGGAUGGGAUAUCUUGGAAUUUGUGAGGGUUGGAAUGGAAGGGACCUGAAACGGGCUCGGUCUACUCUGGAAGGUGAUCAGAAAAGAACCAAAGAGAAUGGAAAAUGAAGGAAAGAAAAAAAAAAAAAAAAAA